UCUAAUCGACCGCAUACUGCACGGAGACCUCUACCCACACUACACCCUAGCCGGUAGUACGACCGCGCAAACAAAGCCCCCGCCUUUCCUGUCGCAAUUGACUCAUUGUCUCCGAACCCACAUCACAUACUUCCCACGAUGAGCGCCGAACCCGCAGAUACCGGGGAGACUCCGGCGGCACCAACGCCUGCUACAUCGGACCCAGCGCCUCCACCAAAUGCUCCACCGACAGCCGAGAAAGGAGCACCCGAAAAGCCCGCACUCUCUGGAGCAGAACUGAAGAAACGAGCAAAGGCAGAGAAAGCAGCAAAAAGAGCCCAGCAAAAGGCCGCAACGGUGGGAAUAUCAGGCGCACCACAAGACUCGAAACCGGUACAACAGGAGCCCAAGCAGCAAAAGAAGGACGGAAAACAAACUUCAAAGGAACCGAAGCAAGGCCCAAAAGAGGCUGGACAACCAGGAACGCCCCUCCCAAUGCGGCGAAGACAGUCUGUGACUCUUCCGCCACCAAAAGAGAAGGAGGAAGUAGUAAAGCAAGUCGGGUUAUUUGGCCACUUGUAUGGUCAACCAAAACAGCACUCGAUAGCUGGCGCGGCCAAGGAAGUGCACCCCGCGAUCCUGGCCCUCGGGCUGCAGUACUCGAGCUAUGUGAUUUGUGGGAGUACUGCUAGGUGCGUUUCGAUGCUACUAGCUUUCAAAAAAGUCAUUGAGUCGUACACAACUCCCAAAGGCCAAGCGCUGGCCCGGCAUCUCACAGCUCAUCAUCUUUCUCCUCAAAUCACCUACCUUCAGGCAUGUCGCCCGAUCAGUAUCAGCAUGGGAAACGCUAUCCGCCAUUUGAAAGACCUGAUUGUGAAGAUUGAUCCAGCUGUCUCCGAAGCAGACGCGAAAGAACAUCUAAUAGACUCGAUCGAUAGUUUUAUCAGGGAGCGCAUUACGGCUGCGGAUGAGCUAAUAUCAAGCGAGGCCAUGACGAAGAUCACACCUGGAGAUGUGGUUCUCACAUACGCGUCGAGCACUAUUGUGCAGACCACGCUACUAAAGGCCCACAACGCUGGUAUUCCGUUUCGAGUAAUUGUCGUAGAUUCGAAGCCAUUAUACGAGGGCAAGGCACUAGCCAGGAACCUAGCACACCACGGCCUCAAAGUCAGCUACAGCUUGAUUAGCAGCGCCGCACACGCCAUGAAAAGCGUUACGAGGAUAUUCCUCGGCGCCCACGCAAUGAUGAGUAACGGCCGUCUAUACUCCAGAGUCGGCACCGCCGCCAUCGCCAUGCUCGCCCACGAACGCGACAUCCCCGUCACUGUUCUCUGCGAAAGCGUCAAAUUCACCGACCAAGUCGCACUGGACAGCAUCGUGAAGAACGAACUCGCGUCGCCAGAAGAAUUGCUCUCCGAGAACGAACGCAGCGCACUCGUCGAUCUACUUCCAAAAGACAAAUCUAGCAGUGCAGACAAGAAUGAGGAGGUGAUGAAGUGGUGGCGGGAUGAGCCGAAUCUGCAGAUAUUGAACAUAUUGUACGAUGUGACGCCAGCGGAGUAUAUCAGCAUUGUUAUUACGGAGCAUGGAUCGUUGCCGCCGAGCUCGGUGCCGGUGGUUCAUCGGAUUAGCACGAAUACUUAGGGAUAGCUGGAGAAAUUCUGCGAGGCGUAGUCGUAAUGCACGGGACCCACGGGGGCUGGGGAAGACUGCAAUACCCCCAGCCUAAUGAGCCUUCAAAAAAUCACAAUCUAAAGGGAUGAACCACCUGAAUCGGACUCGCGUUAUUGAGGAUGGCAUUCCGCUUUUGGGGCGUGCUGGGAUUUAUUGUAGAGCUGUAAAAUAGUGAAGCUAUCACGCCGUUGAAUGGACGAGCUAGGGGAAUAGUCUCCUUUGAGAAAGGAAGACAUUUUCAAUUUUCUUAGUCAAUGAAAGUGUUCCUCAGGCCACUCCAGGCCAUAUUAUCCAGC